GCGAACUCGACUCAGUCACUCCAAUAACGAGCUAUAGCUUCUCUCAAAGUGCAAAGACACAACACUGCAACUCAGUCGAUUGAUUGAUUACACAACCCAACUCAACACGGCGAGAAGAAAACUGUUGUCACUCAUCGUCUCAAAUCUGUCCACAGAUAGUUCCUGCCUGCCUGCCUGUCAUUCAGCCCCGUCCUUGACCAUCUUCUUUUUCCCACCACCAGCUCCCCCUCCUGCCUUCUCCCCUCCAGGAACCUCUCUGAUCAGCGGACCGCCCACCUUCCCCUCGUCCCCUGCAUCCCUUGCAGCAGCACGAGAAGCACCACCCUGCCCAACCACCGACCCAUCAGGCAGCCGCAGCUCUCGGAUAAGGUCAUCAUCGCCGACACCACAAGGCAGGCGGACGAGCUCAUCUGAGCUCGUGGCCACCCCCUCGCCCAGCGCCUCCUCCAACCCGCACUCUUCCACCGCCAGACCGGCAGAGUUGCAACCAGGGUCCUCCUCUGCGGGACGGCGGACUGGCGUGAUGCCGAGUCGUUUCAGCGCCGCCUCGUCCGGCAGCUGCCCCUUGACGUCGUACACGCCCAUGUGCACCGACAUCUCCACACAUGGGCCGUCAUCACCUUGAUCUUCAUCGCCUUCGCCGUCAAUAGCAUGCUCGUCCUUCGGGCGUUUGGAGGGGAGGCUGAUCUGGCGGUUGGCAUGCUCCAGCUGGGGCAGAAAGUGCUUGACGCGGGCAAGGAUGUCGUCGCUGUCGGCGGUGAGCGACUGGAUGCGCAUGUGAGGGGCGGCCUUGGGCUUCGGGAAGCCUCUCUUCCUCUUCACCUGAGGGUGGUCCAUACUUCCUCCUUG